CCUAAUCUCUUUUAUAUAAAAGAACAUCCACCUCUCAUUCUUUACUUUUUAUUUUCGUUCAGUUCUAUCGUUCCAACUUCUUCUUUAUUCUUUCUUCUUUGUAGUUUGGUCCGAAGGACUCAUCCACUAGCUUCCGGUGUUAUUUUCCGCCUCCUUAGCCGAUGGUUCUCAUUAUCCGCCUUAGCCGAUGGCCUUAUUCCGCCGCAGCCGAUUGGUAUCCCCUGUCGCCGCAGCCGAUUGGUAUCCUGCCACUCGCCGCAGCCGAUUGGUAUCCCCUGUCGCCGCAGCCGAUUGGUAUCUCCUGCCACUCGACGCAGCCGAUUGGUAUCCUACCACUUGCCGCAGUCGAUUGGUAUCCCAUGUCGCCGCAGCCGAUUGGUAUCCUGCCACUCGCCGCAGCCGAUUGGUAUCCUGCCACUGUAUACGGUUGUCCUAUUACACCACCUUAUUGUAUAAGAUUCUCAAAGUUGGGUUGAUACCUUUUGGUAUUCAAAUGGGCUGAUAAAUAUAAAGCUCAUUGGGUAAAAUUAUUGGCCCAUUUGACAUGUGACCCAAUGAAAAUUCUUAUCCUAAAGUAUGGCACAAAUCAACUCAUCAGUUUAACCUAGUUUCGAUAAUGUCUACUCUCUCUGUGUCUCUGGCGCUGUAGCCUCAUCAUCCUUAGAUCGCGAUGAGCUCCCAACGAAGACAACGGAGACAGGCUCAGCGAAAGCGGGCUAGGGAACGCCAUCGCAGUAUGCAAACUUGGAGAAAGCAGCAGCCUUCUUUUCUCUGCCCUGUGAUGUCUCAGAAGAAAUCAACAUGUUAUGUAAGGCAAUUAGAGUUUCACCUGAAGCUUCACAAUCGAAUGCCACAGGAUCAACAUCUGUCUAUCCAAGACUUCAUCAAUCGCAUUCCCAAGGAGUAUCUAGGUGCUGAUGGGGAACUUAUAGUAGACUCCUCUCGUGUUCUUCCUAUCCUUGUAGAGAAAGGUAUCCUCCUUGAGAGGGAUUGUCCCUUGACCGAACGCAUAGAUGAUACCGUGUCUGAAGAGACUAAGGAUUGUACUAGGUACUAUGCUAAGAAAGUUAACAAACACAUGUUGCAUCCUGGCGGAAAUAGAAUGGAGACUCUAAAGAAGUAUGAAUUAUUUCAUGCCGACCUUAUUGAAAAGUUGAAGGGUGGAGUUGUUUCUGUUGGCGUAUCUGUUUAUCCAAGCUACUCCAAACUGAAACAUAAGCAAAUUUAUUAUCCCACUAAGGAUGAAUUGGCUGGCAAGACUGAACAUUAUGCACAUGUAAUGGUGUGCACUGCUCAUGACUAUGAUAAUAUGAAGCGUUUGGUUUAUGAGUUCCAAGAAUCAGCUGGUGCAGAGGUUUGUGAUGAAGGCUACGUAAGGAUUUAUGCUGAUCAGGUUAAUUAUUUUGUUGAGAUGGAGGUUGAGAUGGACGACUGAGGGUGAGUGUCUACUGCUAUAUCAAGAGGAACCUUGAAGUAUUUUUGUUAAUAGAGGUCAACGUUGUUGUUACCGACCGUUUAUUAAUUGUCCCUUUUUUUUGGAACUUCCUAGGCCUUAAACUUUUUAUUUCUGUUUUCGAACCUGUCUAUCUUUUGCGGAGUAUUAAAACCAAAUUAGUUAUCUCUGUCGAAACAUUUUUUACCAGUUAAUAGCUACAGUUCGGAAUUUUUUGCUUA